AUGGAUGCGAUUUCUGAUCCAACGUUUAAGCAUACUAGAUCAAGAAAGCAAGUCACCGAAGAAUCGCCGUCGUUACUUACUGUAAUUGUAGAGAUUGCACCAAAGUUAUGGACAACAUUCGAUGAGGAGGGAAACGAAAAAGGUAGUAUAAUAAAGGUGUUAGAGGCCUUGAUUGUCUUCCUUAAUGCACAUUUAGCGUUUAAUAGUGCUAACAAAGUUGCAGUUAUUGCUGCACACUCUCAGGGUAUCAAGUACUUAUACCCUGAAAGUACAACCACCACAGAAGCUUCUAAGUCUGAAAAAAAGAGUCGCAGUGACCUCAAGAUUAUUAAUUCUGAUAUGUAUAGACGAUUUAGAAACGUUGAUGAGGCGCUAGUGGAAGAAAUAUAUAAAUUGUUUGAAGUAGAGAAAAAUCAAAUUGAGCAAAAUAGCCAAAGGAGCACGUUAGCCGGUGCUAUGUCAGCCGGGCUGACUUACGUGAACAGAAUCUCCAAGGAAUCAGUAACUACCUCAUUAAAGUCAAGGCUACUUGUUCUUACAUGUGGGAGUGGCAGUAGUAAAGACGAAAUUUUUCAAUACAUUCCCAUAAUGAACUGUAUCUUUUCUGCAACGAAAAUGAAAUGUCCCAUCGAUGUUGUAAAAAUUGGUGGUUCAAAGGAGAGUACGUUUUUACAGCAAACAACGGAUGCAACAAACGGUGUUUAUUUACAUGUAGAUUCCACACAAGGCUUGAUUCAAUAUUUGGCCACCGCAAUGUUUAUCGAUCCAUCAUUGAGGCCUAUAAUUGUCAAGCCAAACCACGGGUCUGUAGAUUUUAGGACAUCGUGUUACUUGACGGGGAGAGUUGUCGCCAUUGGUUUCAUUUGUUCAGUCUGCUUAUGCGUUUUAUCAAUCAUACCGCCUGGAAAUAAAUGCCCUGCGUGUGAUUCUGAAUUUGACGAGCAUGUAAUUGCCAAGUUGAAGAGAAAACCGGUUGUUCCAAGGCAGAAAGCCAAAAAGAAGGUGACGAAACCAUGA